GUGUGUGUGUGUGUGUGUGUGUGUGUGUGUUGUGUUGUGUUCACCAUAAUGACGACUGCAGGAUGACACACACCAGCAGUAGCAGCAAUAAAACCGGAACGCUGGGGCAGUAACACACUUUCACACGCUUUCACACUUUCACACGCAAUAAUAGAGAUAUAAAUGUGGGACGUGCUUAAUAAAAUUAUUAUACAUAUAUUUAAUAAGUAUAUGUAAUUGUAUAUCAGCUCGUUUAUUUUCGGCUCUGUGUCUGGAGGCGGAAGUUCUUUGGAAUUCUGAAAUAAGCGGAAUUUUUGAAAUUUUCCCCACAAAUUAUUUAUUUUAUUGGACAAAAGAAUUUAAACGCAUUUUUUCUACAGGCGUGAAAGAGUUCCAUAAAAACAGUCAGAUUCCAGAUUCUUUUCUGCGCGUUUUUCAGCUCAUUAAGACGCGUCGCAAAUGUUGAUGUUUUUUAUGGAAUUUAUUUCCAAUAAUUUCACGUGUUUGAUUGAAGCGGCACCAUUAGGGUGCGUGAUCGAGCGACUCGAAUGCUCCUGAACACCUUCUUGGUCGCUUCAUGAACUUCAUUACUGAUCUCCAUUCGCACUUUUGCGCACUUCAGCAGGAGCUUCAUCACAACCUUGUAUUUUUUUUUUCCAAGGGUGUGUGUGUGUGUGUGUGUGUGUGUGUGUGUGUGUGUGGGGGGGGGGUGACGGAGGCUCGCGCACCCGCAAUGCUUCAGUACCGCACUCACAAACUUCUCAGAACUUCUCACGGGUUCACAGGAGGCUCAAGACGCGUCACUGAAAGGAUAUAACGCUCCAAAGCGCGUUUUUCUUUUUUUCUGCAAGAGAAACAAUGAUGAUGAUGGUGAUGAGCUUUUUGUAGUGUAUUAGCUGAGCUUGGGAGACGAAGCACGCGCGUGCGACCGAGACAGAAGAGGUCGAUGUCUGAAGAUAGACCUCAUGAAGACCUCGCGUGCGCACUCCGACAUCCGAUAAAAGGAAAUAAAGAAGAGGAGGAAAAGAAGUCUUAAGGAGGAUAUUUUUUUCUCCUCCACGCUUCACCGCUGUGGAUUUUCUUUCUUUCCCCAAUGCAGUGAGAUGACAGGGAUGGAGCGCCUGAUCUCCCCUGCACGAGGAUGAGAUCAAGACGCGUGAAAUAAAAUAUAAUAAAUAAAACACGGAUGCAAUAUCGGGUGCAUGCGUCCGGGUCUCGUGCACGCUCCGGGACGUCGCCGGUGGUGGUGGUGGUGGACCUCGUCUUCGCUCGUGCUCCUGCCGCUGCUGAUCAACGCUAUGGGCUGCAUCCAGAGCCUCAGGUGCAAGCCGAAGAGUUUCCGCGAGAGCGUCGCCGUGCUCGAGGUGACCACCUCCAUCGACCCGAACCCCACCAGCAUCGACGAGUCCUCCAGCGUGGUGCUGCGCUACCGGACGCCGCACUUCCGCGCCGCCGCGCGCCUCCUCGUGCCCCCGGUGGCCGCAAAGGAGACGUGGACGGUGGGCUGGAUCCAGGCGUGCAACCACAUGGAGUUCUACAACCGAUACGGAGUCGAGGGCAUGUCGAGCUGGGAGCUUCCAGAUCUCCGCGACGGUAAAAUCCAAGCCAUCAGCGACUCGGAUGGCGUGAACUACCCCUGGUACGGGAACACCACGGAGACUUGUACUGUCAUAGGUCCUACUAAGAAAGAGAGCAAAUUCACGGUCAGCAUGAAUGAUAACUUCUACCCGAGCGUGACGUGGGGCGUUCCGGUGAGCGAGAGCAAUGUGCCCAUGCUGAGCAACAUCUGGAGGGACCAGAGCUUCACCACGUGGCUGGUGGCCGUCAACCAGGCGUCAGGAGAGACGGUGGUGCUGCAGACGGUGCGCUGGCGCAUGCGACUGCACAUCGAGGUAGAUCCGGACAAACCACUCGGGAAGAGAGCCAAGCUCCUGGAACCCAUCGCUCAGGAACCGCCGCAGCUGCUGGGGAAAAACGAACCGAUUCCGUCCAACGCCAUGGUCAAACCCAACGCCAACGACGCACAGGUCCUAAUGUGGAGGCCCAGGACUGGAGAUCCAGUAGUGGUCAUUCCUCCUAAAUACUGACCAUACAGAGAGAAUGUUUGUAGGAACGUGGAGCAGAGCGACGCUUGUCUUAUGAAAUGAGUCGGAAUCACUGUGCUCAACAAAGUCACCGCACAAAAACAACAACAAAACCAUAAACAGCUUUUCAGUGUGUUUUGCACUGGAAGAUACCAUUUGUAUUUAUUUAUCGGGGUGUGUUCACUACAACGGCGCAGUUUUUUUGUGCUUUCAGACUUUUAUACGACAUUGAACACAUUUAAUCCAUGCUGCCUUACGUUUACAUCGCUUUCUACUUUUGAAAGAAAAAAAAAAACUCCAGCCUUAAACAAAAAUGCAACAAAGCCUGAUCGCUCCCCGUCUUCUGCCCAACUCUUCCCCCCUGAAGAGCCUCUUCAUUUCAUUUACUAUUUCAUUUAAAGUGCGUAAGUCUUUUUUUUUAAAAGCACAGCAGGUUUAUACGGAUAACUCGGAAUCACUUCAGAAGACAGUUUGGGAUAUUUGUAUUUUUUUGUAUCUAUUCAUUUUCUUUAGACUGGAAGGAAAUUUCAUCACAGCAGCGCAGAGGGACACGGGUACAGAACACAGAACAUCAUGCAGAACAUCAUGUUCAUCUCAAGGAAGCGAAAUGAAUGAACAUGACAUUACAUACACACACACACACACACACACACACACACACAGAAUGAGUAGCCUUCCUCAUAGCCAUGUAGGGUUUAUAUAACCGAGACCUUGAUCUGCCAGAUAUUUGCUGGUGCUGGGAUUGAACUCACAACCUUAUGAUCAGAAGUCCAAAGAUUUUACCCACUUUUAUGGUGAGUCUUCUUUGGUUUAUGAGACUUUAAAUGCAUGUUCCUAUCGUUUCUAUGCAACAAACUCAGUCACAGACAAACAGUGAACGAGUGGAAGAAUAUUCUGUGGAGUCCAAAUGGGACAUUUUUGUCUCUACCAGAAGAACCAGAAGACUCCCUCACCCCCACACUCACACAUGGAGGUGGACGUUUAAUGGUUUGGGGUUGUUUUGGAGCAGUGAAGGUUCUGGAAAGUGAAAGUGAACUAACAUGUCUCCUAUUCCACACUUCAUCACCGUGCAGUUCCGUCUGGAGUUUGUUGCAUAGAAACGGAUAGAACAUGCAGGUGUUUCUCAAACACCAUAAAAUACUCAGAGUUUCAACAUUUUUCAAAUCCUCUGUAUGAAUGUUUUCAAAAACAGAUCUACACACCAGUGCUGACACCCCCCCCCCCCACACACACACACACCUGAUCUGAUCUAAUGACCAACAUUUACUAAUAAAAUGACAAAAUGUUUAAAAUUUCAUUCUUUAAAAACGAAAAGAAAAAAAGCAAACGCUUUUAUUUACCUCUGCUACACAGCAGAACGACUUCUGAUCAAUGGUUCAUUAAAAAUUAAAAACUGCUCUCCACACACACACACACACACACACACACACACGCACACACGAUACGGAAUGCGUGUUGUUUGUUACAGGAAAAUAAUCAGUGUUACAUCACAGAUUUAUUACUUAUUUAUUUUUCUUAUUUAAUUUUUGUUUAUAAGUGUUUUUAAAAAUGCCCCGCAUUCUGAUUGGCCAAAAGGACUUUGCGUUACGUUCUAAUACGUCACCGUUUCUAUAGUAACGACCCGCCGCUCUACGAGGUUUUUAAAAAACUGAACGAAUAAUAAAAGCGUAUUAAUAAUAAUAUAAACGUUCGGGAUUCGGAUCAGUCGAAAGGAAGGUUCAGAUUUAUUGAAUAGGUUUCUGUUCGAAUUACGUCCUGAUACGCGUCUUCGUUUCCACGGUAAUGGCUCGCCCACAGGGGCCUCUUAAGGAAGGAGUCUCCAGUUUCAGUUUUUUGUCACACACACGAGACGGUGUGUGUGUUUGUGUGUGUAACUAUAAACGGACAAUAAGUACAACGUAGAUCAAUUCAAAGAUAAACUAAUAUCAGGCUUGAAAACCCAAAACACACGUUAUGCCCAAAAGUUUGUGGACACCUGACCAUGAGAUUUCUCUGCUUCUUUUCUGUACAUCCGAUUCCACAUUGAAUCUCAAUUUGCUGUUAUAAUGAGCUCCACUCUUCUGUGAAGAUGUUCUACAACAUUAUGUGGAGAUUUGUGGAGAUUGAUUCAGACACAAGGGUGAUAGUAAAGUCAGGCAGUGAUGGAGGUGAGG